AUGGACUUAAGGUGUAAUGGAGAGGCGAAUGGAGACAUGUUGGAUAAGGCACAGAUGGAGGAUGCAAUGAAAGAUCUAGCACCUGAAGCUUCAAUGGCUUUUAAGGCUCAUUUCAUACUGGGGGACAACCCAUCACCAGCGAGCAUGAUGGUCGCCAGCACGAUUGUAACCGAUGACAGGAGCACGGAGGAGCUUCAGAAGCGCUUCGGUGAGCUUCUAGACGAGAACAUAAUCUUGAAGGAGACACUGAAACAAAAUAACGAUUCUAUGAAAGAGCAGCUACAACUCAUUGCCUCCUGUCAGGAGGAUAUGUUGAAGACGCAUAAGGUGCACAAGGAGAAGUUCGAUGAGACUAGGGAGUUAGUGGAAAGACUACGACAAGAAAACAAAAAGUUGAAGCAGGACGCCAUCCGUCUGUCGGAGAGCGUGACUGCUCAGAUUGGUGCCGACAAAUCGGGGGGAAAGUCGGGCGCAUCGUCGGGUGUCGAAUUUGUAACUUCGCCUGAUGACGACACUAUUAAUAAACUCACCGCACAAUUGGAACUCGUGGAGAAACAGAGGCGACAAGUAAUAGUUGAAAAUGAAAAGCUGACAUGGCAGAAAGAGUCUUUAGAGCACAUCGUCGAUGCGACCUCCAAAGAGCGAGACGACGUUAAAGAAAAAUUGAAAAAUCUUGAGCUGCAACUAUCAACCGCCGAGAGCGAACACGCACAGGAGUUAAGCAACCUGCAUUUAAUCAUACAGGACCUGCGUAGUCAGCUCAUGUCCGCUAGUAAUAAUAAAGCAUCGUCAGAAGAGAUAGCAUCAAGAGACAAAGUAAUUCAGCAGUUAGAAGACAAAAUAUCUACGUUACAAAAUGAACUCAAGAUUGCGCAGAUUAAAAUUUUAGACUUGGAAAAUAUUAAGUUGGAGUUCACACAACACAAAUCUGGUGUGUCGGAAAUGAUUAGAAUGUACAAAGAACAGAUCCAGGACCUCGGCACGAGGUUGAAAGACGCACAGACCACGAUGUUUCAACCGAUGCGACUGUCCAUCAGUUCAGAGCCGGAGUCAUCGUCGCCGGAGUUCGCCAGCUAUAUGUCGAAUGUUAAGCUAUACGACAGGACCCUCAAACAUUUGGCAGACUUUCUAAACGCGUUGACAAGUGGCUUAUCAGACGGCUUGGUUCAGACGCUUGGCGUAACGGUGAGCCUAUACGAUUACAAGCUUGAAAGGGCUUCGGUAGAUCGGUUCAAGUCGGGCCUGGCAGAAGUAAAACAGCAGCUCGAGCGGCAGCAUAGCAACGCACUUAAUAAUAUAGGUAAACUGCGUGGCAUGCUGUCCAUUUUCGAAGGCAUAUUCAAAGAUUAUAACGACGUUCUGAAGAAGGCGCUUACCAAACCGGAAAAUCUGCCAGUAAACAAUAGUGGGGGCAUGGAAGCUUUGACUGCUGCUCUAGUGGCGCGCGGGCAAGAGAUACAGCAGCUUCGUGCCGAGCUGGACGCAAAUAGAGUUCACCACGAUGACGUUGAGCUUUUGCGAGCACAGCUCGAACAAUACAAGUCCGAUUUCGAAGCGGAAAGAAAAGCGCGGGAGAAAAUGGCGAGUGAUAAAGACAACAUACUAACUGAUCUACGCAUGACCGAGAAACGCAAUCAAGAACUUGUGCUACAGUUGGAGGAGGUUCGCAAAGUAAACCCUGGGAUAUUCCGGAGCGUCAUAGUCAAGAAGCCCCGGGGACAAUCGUCGACCGCAACUGUAUCGGUGACACCGGCUGCCAACACCGCGACCACCAGUUCAGCAACGAAGUCCGCAAUCAGUACAUCUGGGAACGUGAUCUACAAGUGUCCUAAAUGCAUGAGUUUUUCAAGUGACCAGUACAAAGUUAUGGAGGACCAUUUUGAUUUUUGUUUGGACGACUUUUGA